AUGACACCUGAAAUUGAAUAUCUGCUUUCUCUCGAGGCUGUCCGUGAAAGGGCUCAGAUUGUCUUUGCUGCUGCUCAGAAAGAUGAGCUUUUGCAUUUCGCCUAUCAUGUCGACAAGUUGCCUGAAGCUGCUGCUUAUGUGACUUCUGUGAUCAACCGAGAUUUUGGUCCCGACAACUUCGAAGCCAUCCCGCCUCAUGGCCGCUGGCAACACUUCAACGUCGGCGGCAUCCCAAGAAUCGACGACCUGAACCGCCAAUGGAAGCACGAAGGCCACGACAGAAAAGAACAAGCUCGCAGGUUAAUCGAUCUUUUCGUUGUUUCUGUGCUCUUGGACGCUGGUGCUGGUGACAAAUGGAAAUUUGAGGAACAGAAAUCUGGAGACACUUAUACCAGGAGCGAGGGCAUUGCAGUGGCGAGUCUGUAUAUGUUUUUGGCAGGCGAAUUUUCGACGACCGAGAGUGUGGGGCAUGUGGUUGAUGCCAAAGGACUUCAACGCAUUACUGAAGAGAUACUCACAAAGGGAUUCCAGAUCACUGCUGAGAACCCAAUGAUCGGCGUGGGACCUCGCGCACAACUACUCUCUCGUCUGGGUGACUCUUUACUCCAACACUCAGAUAUCUUUGGCCCUGAAGGACGACCCGGCAAUCUCGUUGACUAUGUGAUCGCAACCGCAGACUCCGACUCAAAGGAGCUCGACUAUCGCGUUUUCUGGUCAACGUUGCAAAAACUGCUCAUCCCCAUCUGGCCCAAAGAUCGCACACAAAUCGAAGGUACACCGAUUGGAGACGCCUGGCCCUUGAGAGUCCUGGAGAACCAGAAUGGAGAUGGCAAAGAUGAUAUCAAGAAAACCAUCCAACCAUUCCAUAAGCUUACCCAAUGGCUCGCUUACUCACUCAUGGUUCCCUUUGUGAAUAUCCUAGGUUACUCCUGGAAAAACGCUCACCUCGGCACUGGUUUACCCGAAUACCGUAACGGAGGCCUCUUCAUCGAUCUCGGUGUUCUUUCCCUCAAGCCUGAAGCUUUGGAGCGUGGCCAAAAGGCUUCUGGACAACAACUACCCAUGUUCAAGGAUUGCAGUGAUGAGAUUGUGGAGUGGAGGGCUUUGACUGUUGCUUUGCUGGAUGAGGUCUACAAGAUUAUUGAGAAGCAGAUGACAGAGCAGGAAGUAGAGUUUAGUAUGGCGCAGAUGCUUGAGGCUGGCAGUUGGAAGGCUGGGAGGGAAUUGGCGGCGGAAAAGAGGCCGGAGACGAAGAGUAGUCCGAUAUUGAUUGAUGGAGAUGGCACGUUGUUCUAG